AUGACUCUGCUGGGGAAAGUCAAAGUCACUCCAGCACUUAAAGGGACCCUUGGGACUAUAGGAAGAUUUUUUUUGUGCAUUAUUUUCAUUGGUUUAGGCCUGGCUGCCACAAUUCUCAGGCCCCCCCCAACAAAUCUACACAGUUUUACAAAUUCAAUAGGACUAAUAUCUCCUUUUCUCCUUAUUGCAGAAGGGAAUAAUUUUUUCACGGAUGAUGAUGAUGAUGAUGGUAUAACAAUUCCGCCGAAUCCUUCUGUUACAACACUGCCAGCAACCACAGAUGACGAAGAAGCAUAUGAUGAUGCUACUGAAGGCAGCAUAAGUGUGGAAACAACCACACAAGUUCAUCAAGAAAAUGUGGAUCAUGGUACUGAAAGCAGCAGAAAUGUGGAUCAUGUUACUAAAGGCAGCAUAAGUGUGGAAACAACCACACAAGUUCACCAAGAAAAUGUGGAUCAUGUUACUAAAGGCAGCAUAAGUGUGGAAACAACCACACAAGUUCACCAAGAAAAUGUGAAUGAUGUUACUGAAAGCAGCAGAAAAGUGGAUCAUGUAACUGAAAGCAGCAGAAAUGUGGAAGAUGUAACUGAAAGCAGCAGAAAUGUGAAUGAUGUUACUGAAAGCAGCAGAAAUGUGGAAAAAACUGCAGAUUAUGGACAAGAAGCAAAGAAAGAUGAUACUGAAACAAGUGAAGCAACAGUUGAUGACCAAGAAAAAGAGGCCAAUGAUGCCAGAAAAAGUGUUGAAAAAACCACUACUAACGUGCAAUCUCCAGUGCCAGCCUCCUCAGCACUAGAAAUGAUGGAAGAUUUGUUGGAAGAUCUGGAUUUGGAUAACGAUCGAAAUGUUAUAAUAAUUUCAACAGUUGCCGCGUGUGGAUUUUUGCUAGUGAUGUGUUCACUGAUGUACUUGGCACUUGUUAUUUCACGCCUAAAACAUAGAGAGAAGAGCAACAUAUCCCAGGUAUAAGAAGGCAAUUAGCUCAUACCUGGAUGAAUGAAAACCUUCAUAGUCAGAUUAUACUGGAUAGGACACUAUAAUGAAGGAAUAUAAGAACUGCAACAAUGAAAUCAGACUAAAGUAAUGAAGGCAACAGCUUCAGAUUCAGUUCUGUGGCUCUAAAUGGCAACCGCACUGAAUGUGCUUCAAGAAAGUGAACCCCAAUGGGUGGGUGGGUUUGGUGGGGUGU